AUGAACGCCAUCAAGAACCCUGUUUCCGUGGGCUCUGGCUUGAUAGACUCGCGCCAAAAAGACCCAAUGACUACCAGAAGCCCAGCUACUGCAGCAUACAACCGCAGAACCUCAGGGCGCCAGAAGCUGAAAGCUCCUUUACCCCAACCAGGAUCAGUGGUUCCUCGAUUGAAACUCACCAAGCCAAGACAGCCCAUUUCGACUGAUCUGGAGGUCGAUUGGGAGGAGGACUUGCGCCCUACGCCAAAUGAGACCAAAGGCAACGAAGAAGCCGCUGCUUCUGCCACGGCCAAACGCAGGAAAGCCAACACCAGGAAGAGCGUCACUGCUAAGAACAACAGCGACCAGGGACCCCAAUUGCCAUUGAUUACUCUCAAGGCCGGCAUUGUGUCUGCAGCUCUAGACAACAAGGCAUCUGUCGGAUUGGGUAUAUCAAACGGUGAAACCAGAGGCUCUGUCACAAAGAACAUCGCGGAAAUGUCCGAGACUUCUCAUCGAAAGCAACCCAAGAAAGAUGGCCCCAUCGCGAAUGUGAAUAAAGGCAAACAGCCCAUUGACAUAUCCAGCGGAACAUCAGUAUCAUCUGGGACACCCUCUGAUUCUAUCGAUGAAAGCCGAGGACCGUUUCGCGCAACUACCUCGAAAGUCAGUAUUAUGGAGCAUAGGGCACAAUCCCAAAGACAAGCAAGCAGGGGAAAAGCUGUUUGUAAGCGACCAACCAUUGCAUCGAGUUCAGAUGGCGACAUUCUGGGAUCGUCUCGGCCAAGUGCUUCAAAAGUCACCAUUCUUCAGGCAAGGGCACAGCCCAAGAGACAAACCUGCAGGGCCAAGGCUCCUCAUUACAAGAAGAAUUCGGAACGGCAUGGCAGAGCAAAGUCUGUCGGCAGUAAACUGAUGCUUGCACUUCAUGGAGCAAUAGUUUCUUCACAAGCUCAGUCAACCACAGAGGAUGUUUCACUUACUGUUCUACCUCCCAUUGUCCCAAUCAAGCCAGUACUGACCGAAGAACCACUUGACGACCAAUCACCGGCGUAUUCACCGGCAGAGGAGCCGAUGAGGAUUCCGGAGGUUGAUCGAGUCCAAGAUGACACAAAGCCCGUUGAAAAGCGCAAAUACCAUGCCAAUCUUGAUCCUUUCAGCGAGCUGUCCAUUGUCCAGUCACAUGAACCCAAGAUAGAAAACGCGCAACAGACUGACUUGACCCAGAUUUGGGAAUCUCUGUCCAGUACACAUGAUGAUUCCUCUGAAUUCGAAGUCGGCAGAGGCUUGGUGGGCGAUCAACCCUCAAUCCUCGACUACCACAUGGAAAUGGAGCAUCUGCCCGGAUUUGCAGCGCUGCAGCCCAACAGAUCUCUGCCAAACACUCCUUCUCAAGUCACUAACCCCUUCCCGAGCCAGGAAGACACCUCAUCGGAGGCCUCAAACGCCGAAAUGACCGCGGAAAUUCAAGAGAUCACAACAGCGAGCGCCCAAGGACCCGAAUAUACUCAUACCCCCGAAUCUCAGAAGCCUCUAUUAACCAAUGAAGCCCUAAUGGAGCUUGAUUCGUCUCCAAAGCCCCCGAAAUCAGUACCAAAGACCAGCAUUGUUGACAGCAACGGUAGCCCCCGACUCAUGCCCAGGCAGACCAAGAAUGCAGAUGUGCCUCAACUUGACUUGGAAGACGGCCCCAACCACAAAGAAGAGAUCAGGGUGCGUGACACCAGUCUAAGUCAAUACAGCCGAAGCUCCUGCGAUCUGGCUACCGAGGAUACAUACGAGAGUCUCGUGUGGACCAAGUUCCAAAGGGACAUGUUCUUAGAAUACGGAAUUGAAACUGAGAAACUGAAGCAGACGAGACUCGAUCCACGGCCUAUGUCAGUCAGUCAUCCGCCAUCGCUCCCUCAGGAAGGUACUGCCGACACUGUGGACGCGGAUCGAGCAUCGACUUCUUCCCAGAGAACGAUUGACGAUAAGAAGGCGAAAGCUACUGCAUCAGAGAAAUGUGGCCCAAUUGACAGACCAUGGGCUCACAAUGUCCCGGAAUUGCCUCAGCCAGAUAUUGAACCACAGCCAUCCACAACAGCGCGUGAUCCGAUGGAAUGGAUAACCGCCCUAGGGGUGGCACAGAAGAAUGCGCACGACUUGCUGCACGAAACGAACUCGCACCUCUCAACCCAACUCGCUGCAGAAAAGGCCACUAUCACUCAAGUCCUGGAGAUAUAUCGCCAGGGAUGCAGUCAGAUUCUCGAUGACCUGUUCAAGGCCCAAGAAGUGCGCAUGCAGAUGUACCAUCAGCAAAUGCAAUAUGUCAAGGGUCAGCAUGCUAUUAUCUGCGAAGACAUGGUGCGCGGAUUGCAAGAGCUCGACCGUCGGGUGCAACAGGGACCAUGA